ACAACUCUACGAGCUUCGCGCCAUCCUGGGAGAAGCAGGCUGAAGCAGGUCAGUGAUUCCCAUCUUCCUGCGCAGCCUUGACAGGCACAGUCAUCGCGGACGAAGAGAAGAACUUCCCUCGAAGGUCUUAAGCGUCGCCGCCUAUUCGGAUCCUCAAACCAUGGCGGAACCUCAAGUCGCCUACUUCACGUACCGGCACCAGCCCCUCAAGGCCCUCUACAUCGUCUACGCCGCCCUCGUCCUAUUCGUCGUCCGCACGCCGUACUGGGUCAUCACGAACCUCCUCCCAGCAUGGCGCCCGAGGAGGUCCUGGCCCCUUUCUCGCGUCCUCAAGGUCAACACCAUCCGUGAGGUCCUCCGAAUCGCCUUCCAGACCUCCAUCGGGAUCUUCCUCGCCGACUCAGAGCAACUCGCAAAGUCCGCAGCCGAGGUCGGCUUCGUGUGGAUCGAGCCCGACCCAACGCUCAUCGGCGGCGAGAUCAAGGCGGCGGCGAAGAUCAACGACGUAGAGCCCGCCCGCAUCGGCGGAGUGUGGUACGGCCAGAGGGGCCCUGACGGGCGGGUAGGCCAGCAAGCGGGGCCGGACGAGAAGGUCAUCUAUGAACUUCAUGGCGGUGGAUGGGUGAUCGGGAACGCGACGCGGAGCUGGGACAGCGCGUACAUGUGCGACGAGAUGAUCAAGUACGCGGACGGGUACGCGCGGGCGCUGCAGAUCGAGUACAGGCUGGCGCAGGCGGCCCCGUUCCCGGCGAAGAACGGGUUCCCCGCGGCGCUCAUCGACGCGAUCACGGGCUACAACUACCUCGUAAACGUCGUCGGCUUCAAGCCCGCCAACAUUCUCGUCUCGGGCGAGUCCGCGGGCGGGGCCCUCGCGUUCGCCCUCACGCGGUACCUCGUGCAGAGCCGCUUGCCCACGCUGUCGCCGCCGGGAGCGCUGUUCCUACUGUCGCCAACGAGCGACUUGGGGCGGACGUACUUCGGCGCGGGGUCGUCGGUGGAGAAGAACGACGACUCGGACUACGUGCAGUGGUUCCUCAAAGGCUACGGGGUGCGGGCGCUGCUGGGGAACAUGCCUUUGGAGGAGGCCUUCACGAAUUCGUGGAUCUCGCCGGCCGGGGCGCGCGUGCCGCGUGUGGAGGGGCAGUUCGCGGGGAUGCCGCCGACGCUGAUCAUGGCCGGGGGUGCGGAGUACACGCUGGACGAGCAGAAGGUGCUGCGGGACCGGCUGGUGGAGGACAACGGGAGGGACGCGGUGGCGUAUGUCGAGCUGCCGGACACGACGCAUAUCGUGCUGACGGAGGCGUGGCACGAGCCCGAACGCACCCAGGGGUAUGAGGCGUUCGCGCAGUGGGUCAGUAAGGUGAAUAGUGAUGUGAAGAGCGCAGAGUAUCUAGCAUAGCCACCCUCGGUCUUCGGUAUGUGUAAUUUAUUCGUGGUACGCUCGCAUAGGAAGUUGCCGACAGCACGACUACAUGUUGACUGGAAUUCGGAAAGUGUGAAGAUGUUGCCCAGCCGGGUCCCGGACAGCAAGAGCAACACUCGGCGAUGAACGAGUUAGAUUGGCGGCAGAGGACUAGCAAGAACGUGGCCAUUAGCAGACCGUUGCACCUGUCUCAGACUCCGGCUAUUGAUCGCGAGUCGUCACGUUCACAAGGACAAUAAAGAGCGAUGACAACAGUGACCAAGAACAAGGUUAGGAAAUGCGACAUAAACGCAACUCGUUCACU